CAAGAGACAAAACUCCGUCCGAUUACCGAUGAAAUUGGCAUUACAAUACAUAAAUUCAUAAGAGAGCUGCGUACAAAUAUUUCGUGCAAACUAAAUUAUUUCAUUCAAACUCUAAUAUUAUGGUUAAAAGUUCUUUUAAUUUAGCCAAAUGGGAAGUGAACUAAAUAUCGAAACAUCAACAUCCAGGUUCUCAAUACUGCUUUGAAUAAUUUGUCUGUUAUGUUUGGACUUAUUUCACCUUUUUAUAUUUGGAUCCAUUAUGCUUUACCACUCAUACAUCAUAUCAUUCUUGUUUCAUUGAGUUUCAGCUCUUUAGGCAGAACAUGGAUUAGAAGUAUAUUUUCCUUUGUGUGGAAUUGGACCGGAGGCUGGUUCAGCUGGACUCGACAAUCUGAUGUAAUGUUACGGAAUAUAGAACAAACUAUUUUAUCAUGCGUAAAGACAGCGUACAAGCGUUUCUACGUGGAUAUCGGCGCGGUGGUCGGCCAGUGCGACAAGAUAUGGACCAUCUCCCUCAACGACGAGAGCACCAAGACCCCGCUAGUGAUGUUGCAUGGGAUGGGAGCGGGCGUGGCGCUCUGGUGUCCUAACCUCGACGCCUUUGCGGCCACUCGUCCAGUCUAUGCUAUGGACUUAUUGGGAUUUGGUCGCAGUUCCCGGCCUAAAUUCGCAUCGGACGCGGAAAAAGUCGAGGCACAAUGGGUGGAGUCGGUCGAGCAAUGGAGAAGGGAGGUCAAAAUCGACGAAUUCAUUCUCCUCGGUCACAGCCUCGGCGGAUUCAUAGCCACGGCCUACGCGCUUAAGUACCCUGAGAGGGUCCGACACCUCAUCCUCGCAGAUCCGUGGGGUUUCCCCGAAAAACCCUCGAACGUGUACGAGAAGUACCAAGUGCCGUUUUGGUUCCGGGCUGUGGCCACAGCCCUGCAGCCCUUGAACCCGCUGUGGGCGGUCCGCGCCGCCGGACCCGCCGGCAAGUGGCUCGUCAGCAAGACUCGCCCUGACAUAUCCAGGAAGUAUCUGAACUACGUGCCCGACGCCGAGACCGUCAUACCGGAGUACAUCUACCAAUGCAACUCGCAGGCGCCCAGUGGCGAGAGCGCCUUCCACACGCUGAUGCACGGCUUCGGGUGGGCCAAGAACCCCAUGGUGCGUCGCGUGGGCCGACUCGACCCCGGCCUUCCUAUCACCGUGAUGUACGGGUCGCGCUCCUGGGUCGACUACAGCACCGGCCACCUGCUCGGAGAGAGCCGGCCCGACUCCCCGACCUAUGUGCAGGUAAUAAAUGGCGCAGGUCAUCACAUAUACCUAGAUAAGCCUGAACAGUUCAACAAGUACGUACUAGAAGCGUGCGCACGCGCAGACGACGGACCCCGACCGAAAGCGUUACCGAGCAUCGAGAGCAGUACGGAUACAAACACCGACAGCAAAAACCAAGAGCCUGCUUCUUGAUAGUGAUUAUAGUUUAUUUAGUUAGGAGAAGCUUGCGCACUUUUUAAUUUUAUUUAUAAAAAAAAUCUAUCACAAAUGUGCCUGUAUAGAAGCGAGAAUAUCGCCUGAUAACGCAAUAUGACCAUUUCAAGCAGUCAUAUUAUGCAAAGGCGUUCCACUUGAGGUUUUACGCAAUUCUACUAUCUCGAAAAGUUUUUAAUUUGUAAAUCAUUUAAUAAUAUUAGUUUAUUGAAAAUUAUUGUUAUAUGCUAGUUCGAUUUUUUAUUUAUACAGGAUUUUUUAUUCUAAAAAUAAAAGACGGCUGCAUCAACUCUUUAAUUAAAUUUCGAUAUAGGUAAUGUUCAUUUCAAAUUAAAAAUAAGCCAAAUUUACUCGAAGCCAAAUGUGUUUAUCUCUUUCUGUCAUAAAUAAUUUAACAAUAGACACAACCUCGUUUAUAACAAAGACAAUAUGUAUAUAUAACAUUAACAUCCCCCCUACAUCAUUAUAUUUAUAUAGAUGUAGCCUAUUCCAAACCACAAGAGGAGUAAAUACAACUUUCUAAACAACGUAUAUUGAAUUGACGCUACAUUGAGACCUUGAAUAAUCUAUAGAAAUCAUGAUUCGUGUUGAGUUAAAAAGGGAUGACAAAUCUUUAAACGUCAAAUUAUGCGUUUAGAGUUUUGUAUUGUGUAAAGAAUCAACAUUUGUAUAUUAUGUUAAUUUAGUUUUAAAAUGCACAAGUACAGGUUUAAAAGUAUUAUAUGCCUUUAAAUAUUGUUGAGCUUAAGAUUUUUAUACAUAAAUUACAAAUAAAUACAAAAAUAAUUUAUUGAAAGAAA